AGAAACAUGAUUUCCGUCUCCAUGGAUGGACCCAGUGUCAACUGGAAGUUGUUUGAACAGCUCCAGCAGGAACAUGCAGAGGCGUUUGGAGGUGCCCAGCUGACUGUGGUCAGGAGCUGUGGGCUCCACACACUCCAUAAUGCCAUCAAAAGUGGUUUCAGUGUCUGGCAAAUGGAGAAGGUGCUCAGGGCACUACAUACAAUCUUCCAUAAUAGCCCUGCUAGAAGAGAGGAUUUCUGCACUUUGACCAAAACUUCCGUGUUUCCCUUGCCAUUCUGUGUGCAUCGAUGGAUAGGAAACCUACCAGUCAUCGAUAGGGCUUUUGCAGUAUGGCCGAUGAUCGUGAUGUACAUAGAUGCAGUGACACAGAAAAGGCUUCCAAAUCCAAGAACAUCAUCCUAUGACUCCCUCGCAGAGGCACGAAAUGAUCCUCUCAUAAUGGCCAAGUUUCACUUCUUCAUGGCUAUCUCCAGGACCUUCUCCACCUUUCUGACUAAAUAUCAGACGGAUGAGCCUGUGAUGCCAUUCAUUAGCAAAGACCUGGUCAUGCUCAUGAAGAGCCUGCUAAAGAGGUUCAUCAAGGAAGAAAUCCUUAAUGACAUAACUGCACUGCAGAUGGUCAGAUUGGAUACAACUGACAAGAAAGCAAGAAAACAACUAAAGAAUGUGGACAUCGGCUUAGGAGCAGAAGCAGUCAUAAAGGUGAUGUAAUUGUCCAGCAGUUUGGAAACUUCUUGUCUCUGGAGGCAAAAUCAG